UGUAAUGCUAACGUAAAAUAGAAAAUAUAAGAUAUCAGGAAGUAGACAAAUUUGUUUUUGUAAAACAUAUAGAAUCCAUUUUAUACGACAAACAUUUAUAAAUAAAGAAUGGUAGAUACAGUGUCACUAGCUGUACGUUCAGAUAGAUACAGAAAUUCAUGUGAUAAUCAAGGAAUAGUUAUAGUCCAUCCGACCUCAUUUGUUCAACGAACAUUAAUUCAUGGGCCAGAUGACAAUGGUGUCACUGGUAUAGAAAAUCCUGGAUAUAUGCAACAGCCUCCACCGUACACUGAAAUUACAGGUCCAAACUCAACACAAUCAUCAGCACCACCAGCAAACGUCCAAGUCAUCAAAGCCCCGGGCUAUACAGAACAAUAUAAUCGGAAUACACCGGGUUAUUAGUGCAUUUGAGUCAAUAUGACUAUUUUUGUAAAUGCUUACCAUGCCACUAACCUGAAUUCAAUUGUAUAUCAUAUUUGAACGAGUUCAUGUUAUCAGAAGCCAAACAAAUGUACUAUUCAAGACUUUUGUAUUCUGUAAAUCAAUUUAAAUAUGACAGUACACAGUCGACAGUUUCUACAAAAAGAUAUUUAUGCUACUUUUUUUGUAGUGAUCAGCAUGUAAAUUGAUAAUUGACUCUUUAGAAAUAGAAAUGCUUUAGAGACAACAUUCAAUGUAUUCAGGUUAAAUACAUUUUAUCAAAACUUUGUAAACAGAGCAAAGAAAGACAGUUUUACAAAUCAAUUUUGAUUGCAGAUUGAAUAAGCAAUGUACAAAUAAUACUUUAGGAUUAAGACUUUUUAUACCCACAUAAAUCGCAGUCUUGCUACUUAUUGACUUUAUUGUCAUACAUUUUCAAAAUAGCCUUAUUUAAACAUUAAUCCUUACUUUAUGAUAUAUUAAACAUCAUCACGAUAGUUGAGUGUACAGGAACCAGGACCUUACGGUUGAAAACGACAGCAUUGUUUUAAACAACAUACAUGUGGAUUAAAAUUAAAAUUGAUUUGUGUAUAAAAGCAAACUUCCUAUAUGCCAACCAAUAUCACUCUGUUAGAAUUUAAGGAAAAGUACUAUUGAGGUUGUGAUUUUUUCAAAUUAGAUAGCAACGGUAAACAAGCUUACCACAUGUGGAGCAGGAUCUGCUUACCCUUUCGGAGCACCUGAUAUCGCCAAAAGGUUUUGCUUGGGUUCGUGUUGCUUAGUCUCUUGUUUCUUAUGUUGUGUUUUGUGUUCUAUUAUUUGUCUGUUUGUGUUUUACUUUGUUGUCCAUGGCGUUGUCAGUUUAUUUUUGAUAUUUCAGUUUGACGGUCAUACUGGCAUCUCUCGCCCCUCUUUUGCAAUUGUUUACAAACAAUUGUCAAUAUAUUUAUUUUAGAAUUUUGACCUUUGUCUAUUAUAUUCAUCUAGUA